AUGCGUCGCGUCGGGAGUGCGGAAGCGACUCUAUUAGCGAGUGCAGGGCGCGCCGCGGCCGCCGCGGGCAGCGCCGACGACGCCGCGCCUCCACUUUGCAAUAUGUAUUUGCCAUUUAGCCGAGAUUUAUUUACUGAUGACCUUCGCGACUUAGUUGCAACGGAGAACACCGAGUUCUGGUAUACCUCGGGGAAGUGUUACAAAGUAACCUUA